AUGGAAGUAUUAUAUAAUACACUACCACAUAGGAUUGAUAAAUCCAAAUUUUAUUAUUGUCCUCCGUCACAAGUAGUCCCAACGAAGGAAAACAUUAAAUUUGAUCUACAUGGAUAUUUUAAGGGAUUAACGGAUAUUAACUGUACAACUUUACCAGAAGGAAACCGAAUAAUUGAACUAGAUGGCUUAACUAAAUGGUUCACAAACAGAAGGCGUAGUAUAAUACAAGUGGAUAAUUUUUGUCAUAGGAGAUGGGAAUUAUGCGAAGGAUUCGUUAAAAGCAAAUAUUACCUUACAAAGGAUUAUUUAUCGUAUAAUAUAUUCAACAAUGAAGAAGAAAAUAAAAACCAAUUAGUUCCAGGGUCUGUGUUGGCACUGGAAGCUGCGUUUGCUGGGAUGAUUGUGAGCAAUAAAAAGAAUUGGGGGUUCAAGAAUAAACUAUUCCAUAGAAAUCAAAGUUUGGUUGGGAAAGUUACUACUAGUUUACCAUCAAGAUUAAUUUUACCAUGGGUUCUUGCAGGGUAUACUUUAUCAGUAUGCAUCCCUGUUACUUGGAAGAAUUUCAAAAAAUCGAUUAGGCAGGAACCUUCAAAUACCAUUCAGAAAAUUGAUGACUUUAACUCACGAAUCAAGGGGAAAUUAUCAUUGAAUAACGAUCAAAUAGCAUCUCGAAUAAACAAGUUCUUACAAACUGGCGUAAGACAUACAAGAAUGUAUCUAUUUGAAAAGCUCUAUGAAUGA